AUGUUCCGCAAGCGCUCCGCAAAGAAGGUUGAGGACGCCAAAACCCAGGCGGGCGACGAGGGGGGCGGGAAUGGCGCUCAGAAGGCUGGCGGCGGGCUGCGGGCGGGGGCCAGGAAGGCCGGCGUUUCCACGCUGUCGUUCGAAGACGAGGAAGAGGAGCCACAGGUUGUCCUGAAGCGGGACCGGCAGAAGAAGAAGAGCGAGCGCAAGGAGCGCAAGCGGGCGCAGUUGAAACUCCCAGGCGUCGACCCGGAUGCAGCGCACCCGCCCAAGGAGUCGCGCGGGGCGUGGGGGGGCAGUGCCGCGGGGGAGUAUAGCAAAGAGCGUUUGGCGGAGCUGCGCAACCAGCAUCUGGGGGGCGUCGCUGCCCCGCCGCCCGCUGACGACGCGGCGAUGGAGGCCCCGAUGAUCCGCGGCGCGUUCAAGCCAGCGACCGCGGAGGGCGGCGCCCCGGCGGGUGCGCCGCCGCGUCCGCAGAGAGAGGCGCCCUCGAACGGCGGCGGUGCGGAGGACGACGUGGAGCGGUUCGAACUGCACAAGCUGGCCGGACGCGACAUCGACCUGGCCAAGAUCGACCGGCCCGAGGGCAUCAUCAUGGAGGGCAUGGAGGACUCCGGCGGCGAGGACGGGGACUUCCCCGACGCAGAGGCCAUCAGGCGCGCCAAGGAGCAGCGGGAGCGGCGGCGGAGGGGCGGGCUGCUGUCGACGGACUACGCACCGGGCGGGUCCGGGCACUCGAUGGACGACCUGCGCGAGCGGCUGCGUCGCGAGGACCUCACUGGCGCGCACGACGCCAGCGGGGACGACUCCGAGCAGGACGAAGACGCGCGGAAGCGGGUGGUGUUCGGAGCGAUGGGCGGCGGCGACCGCGACGGCGCUGGCGACGCGGGUCCGCAGGCGGACGACGACGACGACGAGUUCGUCAAGGGGCAGCUGCGGCGGGCCAUGGGCGCCAGCGUCCGGAGGGCGCAGGACGCGCGCGAGAGGGCGGGCCAAGCGCCGAGCGCGGGCGCGUCCGUCGAGGAGGACGCGUGGUCGGCUUCCCCUGCGGCGACCGCGGCGGCUCUGGACGAGGCGGGCGCGGCGGCGGAGGCGGCGGUGUUUGGCGGGCUGGAGCGCAUGGAGCGGCGCGCGCAGCAGGCGCGGAGCCACCUCGAGCGGACGACGGAGCAGCUCACGAGCAGCCUGGACCACAUCGAGGCGCUCGAGGGCAAGCUCGCUGCGUCCGGGGAGCGGUUCGAGCACAUGCAGGCACUGGAGGAGUACCUGGUCGACCUGUGCGCGUGCCUGGGGGAGAAGUGCCCGCUGAUCGCGGAGAUGGAGCGACACCUCGAGCGCGCGGCGUCGGCGUGCGGCACGGAGGGUCGGCGGGCGGCGGCGCUCGCGCGGGACCGCGAGCUCGCGCUGGGGCAGGGCGCGGUGCAGGGGGCGCUGCAGGCGGCGUCGCGGGGCGCGGGGCCCGCGGAGACGGCGGAGGCGGCGCGCAAGGGCUGGCAGGCCGUCGAGCGGCGGCAGCUCGUCGGCGCGGACGUCCCCGUGGAGCUCGACGAGGACGGCAACGACAGGAACGCGGCGCGGCGGGCUGCCGCGAAGGCCGAGGCGCAGGCCCUCGCGGCGGCGCGCAACGCUGCCCCGCCGGCCGGCGCGCUGCCCUGCGGGUGGGUGCCGCGGGCGCACCAGCAGGACGUGGGGCCGGGCUCCUACGACGGCGCGCUGCGCGAGUACGGCGCCGCCCUCACGGAGGUCGUCGAGGCGGCACCCACGGUGUUCGCGGACGCGGCGGACGAGUUCGCGUCCAUCGCGCCCGUGAAGGCGCGCCUCGAGCAGUGCAAGCGCGAGUUCCCGUCGGCGUACCGCGACGCGUACCUGGCCAUGUCGGCGCCGGCGCUGUUCGCGCCGUUCGUCCGCACGGAGCUGCUGCGCUGGGACCCGCUGCUCGGUGCGCUGCGCGGCGCCGACGGCCCGGGCGGCGUGGCGCCGGCGGCGCUGGACGAGCACGACUGGUUUGACAAGCUGGAGCACUACGGGGAGCCGUGGGGCGAGGACGGCGACGAGGACGAGGACCUGGUGCCGCGCCUGGUGGAGCAGAUCGUGCUGCCGCGGCUGUCGUCGCUGCUGCGGGACGUCUGGGACGCGCGGGAGCCGCGGCUGACGCGCGCAGCGGUGGCUGCGGUGUCGGACGCGCUGGUGUACGUGCCGCCGGACGGGCAGGCCGCCGAGGCCGUGGCGGGGGCCGUGCGGGACGGCAUCGACCGGAGCUGCGCGACGGUGGCGCUGCCGAGCUGGCCGAUGGGCGCCGUCGAGGGCGUCCCGGAGGCCAUGGGCGUCCUCUCGCGGCUCUACAGCGACGCGCUGGUGGUGCUCGGGGCGUGUCUGCAGUGGCGGGAGGUGCUGAGCGUGAACAACAUCCUCGCACAGGUCGCGCCGAGCCUGCUGGCCAAGAAGAUCGUGCCCUUCCUCUCCGGGCUGUCGAGUAUAUCGGAGCAGAAUCGCGCGGUGGCCGUGUGUGCCCUGGAGGACUUUGUGGAGGUGUUUCUGCAGCGGGGCGACGGGGGCGCUGACGAGUCCCUCCUGGCCUCGCAGGCGGCGCAGGCGCACGUCGCCGGCAUCUUGGACGCGGCCCGCAAGCUCCAGGGCUCGUGCCGCGGCGACCUCGCGUCCCGCGUGGGCCGCGUCAUGCGCGCCCUGCAGGGCGGCACGCGAUGA